UUCGCGAAUUUUACCGGAUCCGCUUCGUUCGCACGAUCUGUCAAUUCCUUUUCUUCUUCUUGUGUCUCUUUGCUGUGCCGCGCGGAUUUGGCAGGUAAAUUUGAGACUCCCCGUCGUAGGAGGAGGCCUUCUCAUUAAAUCUCGUUACCUCGUGAAUAUAUCGCACCGACUGUUAUCAAAAGUUGCGACAAAGUUGCAGGCGAAAUUUCUAGUUUCCCAAAAGAAACCACUCCGAGUCUGCAAGGUCAAGAUGAGAACCGGCAAGAAGAAGAAUAAGUCAGAGACAUGACUAACGUCAUCCCGGUUUCGAAAGGAGCGAGAAAAGUCACCACGAGGAUCUCGGAUCAUCAUCGGUAAUCGUCACCGUCGAUGAAUCAGAAUCGUGUUUUUUUACUUUCGCAAGGAUGCUGGAAUACUGGUGGAUGACGAGCAACGAGACUGGACGCAAUCGCAGCGGCGACGACGACGCGGCGAUCGAGGAGAUGCUGCAGGAUCCGGGAUCGGUGGUCCUCUUCGUCGACUAUCCGCGUUGGCUGCUGUGCUUCGCCGCCGCCUGUUGCAUCCUGUUCAUGCUGGUCGGUAUUCCGGGCAAUCUCAUCACGGUGAUCGCAUUAUUUCGCACCAAAAAGCUAAAAAACGCUACCGCGGUCUUCAUCAUGAAUCUCUCGAUGUCGGAUCUGAUGUUCUGCUGUUUCAAUCUACCACUCGCAACUUCAACGUUCUGGCACAGGUCGUGGUUGCACGGAUCACUUCUGUGUCGACUGUUUCCGCUCUUGAGGUACGGCCUCGUUGCGGUCAGCCUCUUCAGCGUUCUCGCGAUCACAAUCAAUCGUUACGUCAUGAUCGGUCAUCCCGGUCUCUAUCCUACGUUAUAUAAAACGAAGUACUUAAUACCGAUGGUUCUGGCGAUAUGGAUCAUCGCUUUCGGCCUGCUGAUCGUCACGUGGUUCGAGCGAUUCGGACGUUUCGGAUUGGAUCCCGUUAUCGGAUCCUGCUCGAUUCUGCCUGACGUAAAUGGACGGAGCCCGAAGGAGUUCCUCUUCGUUCUUGCGUUUUUAAUACCCUGCUUCGCUAUUAUCGUUUGCUACGCCAGGAUUUUCUACAUCGUCCGCGAAACUGCUUCAAAGAGCAGAGGUCGAAACAAGAUCUUAAACGUGGAACCGACGGAAAUCAGCCAUGACCAACCAUCUGCGAAAAAUCAAGAGCAAGAGCUCUCUGUUCUCUGCGCUCCUUCCUCAUCGAUGCAAGCGGUUCUUCUUAAUCCAGACAAAGGGAGGAAUCUCGAGCUACCGUCCACAUCCGCCAACGAAGACUCAUCGUGGUCCAAGCAGCCUGUUCACGAUCAACACGAAACGGAUUGCGCGACGAAUUCAAUGACGAAUAUUACAAAUUCUAAUGGUUACGACGUUUCUCAAGCCAGCCUGUCGGAGAACAUACCGUUCGUGGACGAUCGCGAGAUCGAGAAAUCGGACUUCGCCGAAGCGAGGCUGUUCCUGAAUCGGAGCCAGUGCGAGCCGCAGCGGACGUCGCCGGGGAAGCCCUGCGGUCGGCUGGGCAGGCUGACCGGUCGAGCGUCCUUCGUGGUGGAGGCCUCGCUGCAGAGGAUCGCCGGUGGCGAACGCUCGGAUCGGCUGGAUUCUUCGAGGCCGUCCGAAGUUAGCGAGGGCCACGCGAGAAGGGUGUUUCGCAGACAGUCGAAAUUCAGAAGCGUCGGCAGGACGCGCAACGGCGCGGGCGAUUACGUCGCGCCCAGGAUGUCCGCCAAGGACCGGAAGCUGCUGCAGAUGAUCCUCGUGAUAUUCGCGUCGUUUCUGGUGUGCUACCUGCCGAUCACCGUCACGAAGCUCUUCCAGGGCGCGGUCGACUGGCGGGGCCUCAAUAUCGCCGGCUACAUACUCAUCUAUCUGACGACCUGCAUCAAUCCCGUUAUCUACGUCGUGAUGAGCUCGGAGUACAGGAGCGCGUAUAAACACGUGUUGCUGUGUAAAGGGUGAACGGGCAACGAGCGUGAGGGGAUCGCCGAGGCCGAGCCUGCGCGCUGACGCUGCAGAACGUCUGAAUAUAAAUAAUUUCGAAGAAAAUAAUUAUAAUAUAAAUAAUACGUAAAUUAUAUUUGUUAUUUGGCGCGUCUGCACGGUCUGUUUUUCUUGGCGCUUAUCGAUGUUUUCCUUUUCGUGAAAUAAUAUAUCGUCUUCGAAGAUCAAUGACACUUAAGUAAAAAUUGUUGACUUAUUUAUUAAAAUGAACGUGUAGAUUUCUAGUCUCUCUUCCAAUUUUAGUAGGUUAAAAAGAAUUUUAUUUAUUUCGACAAGAUUAGACAGAAUGUAUUAUUUCUUCGAUGGUAUUCGCCACUUUUACGUCGCUUUGCGUGAUGAUCGCAUGAUGAUAGUUGUUGAGAUUUUUGUAUCUAAUCUAUUAGAAGAUAAUCAAAAUCUUUAAGUCUAAACGAUAUCUCUUUUCAUUAUGGAUAUCCGUAACUUGUGUACAUCUUAAUUCUGUCAGCGGUCCUUAGCCUUCUAAAUCUUUGCGAAUCUGUGACGAAUUGAUAUUAAAAAACCAAAGCUCAUCAAUGGUAUAAAACGUUGUAUAAAAUGCGUUUUUAAAUUCUCAUGAAGUUAUACACUUUAAAAAAAAAAAUCCUCGAAUAUAUUAUACAUAAUCGGUAUUACGUACCGAAGCGAAGAUUAAGAACCGCUGAGUCAUACUGUACAUUACGAAGUGCAUUACAAAAGUGAGAGCUUUGCAACAUAAUUUACAACAAAGUAAUUAAAUAAUUUCAAGUAUGUUACACAUGA